UGACACCUCUUUGGCUGGUUAACGAUCUUGGGCUCCACACGCCCAGCCUCAGCAUCAGCGCAUCUUUAAGCCACUUGGGCUCGACAACAAGGAGCAGAACCGAAGCAGAACGCAAGCCCCUUCUUCCCGGUACACCUCCUUUGCUCUUAGCGGUUCGUUAUGUCUUUGGGCCCGAUCCCCGUCUCGCCAUGCCCGAUGCUGAGCGCCGCCUGACUUCCCCGCUGCUGCCGCGGCUCUUUGUGGCGUCCUUGCUUCUGGUUUCCUGGCUGCAUGCGCCAGUGGGAGCCGCGGAGGAGGGCGGCGGCCUUCCCCCCUCGACGCCCGGGGACAAUGGCCUCGCCGCCGCUACCACGCCGACCUCCCCGGGGAUGUUCCUCCAGACCACCGCCUUAACCGAAGAGCCCCGGUUUGCCCUAAAGAUCCUGGUGAGAGACCUGGUGACACACCAGCUGUUACCAGGAGCCUCAGUCAGGGUUUAUGUCAACCACACCCUAAGCACCUCCACCCGGAUUGGGGAGAAAGGCGAGGCUGUGCUGUGGCUGCCUUACAGCCCGGGACUCAGUCUGACUCUGGUGGGCACUAUGGAAGGGUACGUUCCCAGCCCACUGCCUUGGAGCACCGCAAGUCGACCCGUCUUCUCUAUUGUGACGUUGCUGCUGCUCCCUCAGAGGCAAGGCAACAUCUGGCUGUUUGAAGACUCCGUGCUGAUCACCGCCAAGUUGCCCGAUAGCGCCUCCCAACCAAAGAUAAAGUUCCCCAAGAACCUCCUCCCACAACCCGACAAGAGCAAAGUCUCGUCAGUGACGGCUUACCUGACUGUGCCACAGUUAGCGGCUGACUGUGCCAACUGCACUCCGGGCGUUGUUGUCAACAGAUCAGUUUUUAAAAGCGUCGAGCUAAAACCCGUGGUGGCCAUCAGCGUUCUUCUCUACGAGGGCGGAGAAGAGCUCCAGGUUCGGGGGCCCAUCCAGGUCAGCGUGCCUCUCGGGGGCAGCACCCGCCUGCGGGCAUCUGACACUGUGCCAGCCUGGGCUUUCAACCUGCUGACAGGUGCGUGGGAGAACCAGGGUCUGGGAGUGGUGAAGACAGUUGGUGAGGAGCUGGUUUGGACGUAUACUGCCUCCCACCUGGGUUACUGGAUUGCAGCCCCCCUGCCGUCAAAUGAUCACCCCGGCUAUGGAAUCUCCUUGGAUUUCAUGUCAUACCACGCACUCCUGUUGGUGGGAAUUCUGGCAGGAACGCUGCUUGUUGUGAUUGGAUUUCUAUCACUGCUGUUGUGUCACUGCGGCGGUUCCCACCGAGAGCCCAGGAGAAGGCGAGCCCGUUUUUCAAAGCUCACGGUGGUGAAAAAAGACCAAACCACCUCCAUGCACAUGGAGGAGGGUCUGCUGUUCCACUCAGGUGAGAACAUGCUGGCUUCCUGUAGCGUGCAGUGUGACCCGUCAUCCACCCCGAGGCACAAAGCCAACUACAACAUCUACGUGGAGGAUCCGGCCGGUCGCUCGGCAGCCGCUCUUUAUGAGAACGUUUCAACGGACCGCGUCAAAGUCCCGUCUCAUCCUCACUACAUCAACAACGAGGAAGCGUCUCGACUUCGGGACAGAGUGGACCAGGACCGCUGCAACAUCAACUCCGACGGCUUCUUUCCAGACAAGCUGCGUCAUAUCUACAACCAGCCGGUGGCCGUCAUCCAGGCACCGGACGUCUUCGGCGGUCAGGAGUCCGGCUGCAAGUCUGCCACGUUCCCUCGCAACGGGAACGAGUUUGAUUCUCACUCAGACGCUCCGAGUAAGGAUGGCUACGCCCAAACCCUUGUCAAAGUCCGAAACGGCCAACAGCAGGGCGACCAAGAUGAGCCCAAGCCUCUAGAGACUCCUCCGUCGAGCCAAGGGCCUCCUGGUUCUGGCUGGGGUCGCUAUAGUAACCUUCUUGAGUCGUCCGUGUCAGUGCCAGGAACCCUCAAUGAGGCAGCCGGGAUGGAAGGCUUUGGCGGUGGCGUUCCAAGAGAGCUCCAGUUGAUCUCCGAGCACACUUUGUUGGAAUUGAGCCGGGGCAAACCCUCGUCGUCCCACCCCAGGGCCUGGUUCGUCUCCUUGGACGGAAAACCGGCCGCCCAGGUGCGCCACUCCAUCAUUGAGCUGCAGAACCGCCACCGCCCUACCAGCAGCAACGACACCAGCCUGGACUCGGGGGUAGACAUGAACGAGCCUCUGCACAGCAUCCGCGAGGCGGAGCGGGAACGGCCGUCGCUCAGGGCCUUCUCGCUCCCGCACCACGGCAGGAGGUACGGCGAAGAGCAGGACCUGAGCAGCAGCGAGAGCGGCACCACCGCCACCUGCACGCCAGAAGACCCCUCCCUCAGGAACAUUCUGGACGGAAGCAGCGGGGCUAUUUCCAACAUUCCCGAGGAGCAGGACGGGAUGGACACGUCCAGCACUCAGGAAGACAGCGAGGCAAGAGGGACGCCACCGCCGCGCCGCUUGAGGAAAGGAAGGGAGAAGGUGAAAUCGGGAAAAAGGAGUACAAAGCCAAUACGAGAGGGACGGCCCCUGACCAAGCGUCGCUAGAGCAGCCCGACCUGCUCGUCGUCUUUGUGUGAUCGUACAAAAAAGACGGAUAACAUCGGGUACCCGCAGACACGUUCUGAAGAUCACCAGCAAGAUUCCUCUCAAGAAGGUGCCUUCUUUCUGCCUUCCACCAUGAAGUGUUCUAAAACUGGUGAGUCUGCAGGACGGACACAACACGGGACGACGUUUGUAGUGCACUUAUCCUCGCCUGUCGUGAUCCGUUACCCGGGUCAUGGCCAUACUUGCCAACCCUCCCGAUUUUCCCGGGAGACUCCCGAAUUUCAGUGCCCCUCCCGUAAAUCUCCCGGGGCAACCAUUCACCCGAAUUUCUCCCGAUUUCCACCCGGACAACAAUAUUUGGGGCGUGCCUUAAAGGCACUGCCUUUAGCGUUCUCUCUCACCUGAAACUUUCACCCCUUAAAGGCCUACUGAAAUGUGAUUUUCUUAUUCAAACGGGGAUAGCAGAUCCAUUCUAUGUGUCAUACUUGAUCAUUUCGCGAUAUUGCCAUAUUUUUGCUGAAAGGAUUUAGUAGAGAACAUCGACGAUAAAGUUCGCAACUUUUGGUCGCUGAUAAAAAAGCCUUGCCUGUAGCGGAAGUAGCGUGACGUCACAGGUUGUGGAGCUCCUCACAUCUGCACAUUGUUUACAAUCAUGGCCACCAGCAGCGAGAGCGAUUCGGACAGAGAAAGCGACGAUUUCCCCAUUAAUUUGAGCGAUGAUGAAAGAUUAGUGGAUGAGGAAAGUGAGAGUGAAGGACUAGAGGGCAGUGGAAGCGAUUCAGAUAGGGAAGAUGCUGUGAGAGGCGGGUGGGACCUGAUAUUCAGCUGGAAAUGACUACAACAGUAAAUAAACACAAGACAUAUAUAUACUCUAUUAGCCACAACACAACCAGGCUUAUAUUUAAUAUGCCACAAAUUAAUCCCGCAUGACAAACACCUCCCCCCUCCCGUCCAUAUAACCCGCCAAUACAAAACAAACACCCGCACAACACACUCAAUCCCACAGCCCAAAGUACCGUUCACCUCCGUAAAGUUCAUACAGCACAUAUAUUUCCCCAAAGUUACGUACGUGACAUGCACAUAGCGGCACGCACGUACGGGCAAGCGAUCAAAUGUUUGGAAGCCGCAGCUCAUGCGUACUCACGGUACCGCGUCUGUGUAUCCAACUCAAAGUCCUCCUGGUAAGAGUCUCUGUUGUCCCAGUUCUCCACAGGCCAAUGGUAAAGCUUGACUGUCAUCUUUCUGGAAUGUAAACAAGGAAACACCGGCUACGUGUUUGUGUUGCUGCAGCCGACCGCUAAUACACCGCUUCCCACCUACAGCUUUCUUCUUUGCAGUCUUCAUUGUUCAUUAAACAAAUUGCGAAAGAUUCACCAACACAGAUGUCCAGAAUACUGUGGAAUUUUGCGAUGAAAACAGACGACUUAAUAGCUGGCCACAAUGCUGUCCCAAAAUGUCCGCUACAAUCCGUGACGUCACGCGCAAACGUCAUCCUACUGAGACGUUUUCAGCAGGAUAUUUCGCGGGAAAUUUAAAAUUGCACUUUAGUAAUCUAACCCGGCCGUAUUGGCAUGUGUUGCAAUGUUAAAAUUUCAUCAUUGAUAUAUAAACUAUCAGACUGCGUGGUCGCUAGUAGUGGCUUUCAGUAGGCCUUUAACGUGGGUUCGAUCGAACCCUAAGGGUCCGGUGAGUCGGCCUCAGGGGUUCGGCAGAGCCUCCGCCGCGGAGGUCAAGACACGCCCGACUCAUCGUGUAAACAAAAACUUCUCCCUGUCGGCGUAUUAUGGAUACCCCUUAAACAAUGUUCCCUCUAAUUUUCCAUAUGUGUGAGCAAACGCAAAAACUCCUUGAGCAUUCAGUGGAGCACAUGUGAGCGACGUCGGACGCGCAGCACAACAGUCCCAAACCUGACUAAAAAACAAGUUCAAUGUUUUAUUAUUAUAAUCAAAUGACAGCGGUCAUUUCCAUGAGAUUAUUUUCUAAUAUAAGUGUUUUGGCCCACUUACAAUGACUAGAACAUAUUGUUUUUCAUGAGCUGUGUACUAGUAUUGUAGGUCUGGCUGGGGGUCCUGCUUUGGAAAUAAUGUGUACCCUUUGCAGAUAUCUCAUUUAGUCAUACUUGCCAACCU